AGCAGCCCCGCCUCCCUUGGCAACAGCAGCGGGGGCAUCUCAUAGGCUCGACGACAGCAGCAGUGUUCCAGCAAUUGGCGAGAGCCCCUGUCAAUGUGACGGGAUGGGCGGGGAUACAGAGCUCCAGGGAUCCCGAACACAAGGGCACAGGGAUCGGUGCAGAGAUGCUGUGUGGUGCGCAGGAGCAGGUGUAGCGAUAGGGAUUUAGAGCGGUCACCUGGCCGCCUUCAUCUGUCCCGGGAUGGCACGUACAGCUCCACUCUGUACCGGCUCACUGCUAAUCAACAGCGCGAUGCACAGACCGCUGCUCACUAGAGAUUUCAACAUGUAAAGCAUACGGGAGAGGAAGGCAACAAGGAUAUAGCGGCAGAUUCCAACUAACCAGAUAAUUGGAUUGGCUGCAAAAGAUUAUUGAUCGCCAUACGCUAGUGUCGUCUCCGGUGUUGUUUGCAAAAACCUGGAAAAAAUAGACGUGCAAUAUUUCUCAAAAUAUCUGUUUGCCAGAUUUGCUCAUACAAUAAAUGAGGUAGAGCCAUGCUGACCAGCAUCACAGACGGGAUCAUGUGCUGUUUGACAGGGAAGUCUGCCAACACGGUGGCACCUCUUGAGAACUCAGAGCCGGGGGACGGGUACGAGUUCGUGGAGGUGAAGCCGGGCCGGGUGCUGCGGGUCCGACACAUCGUCCCGGACCGCGGGGGCUGUGAGACCUCGGGGGAGGAGGAGCAGAAGCCCGGCCGGGGGGUCGUGCACUGCAAGCGCAAGAUCACGGUCUACCGCAACGGACAGCUGGUCAUCGAGAACCUGGGGGACGUGGUGCGCUCGGAGAUCCUGCACUGCCAGAACGGCAACACGGAGGCCAGCAGCACGGUGGAGGUGGAGCUCUCCGAUUACAACAGCUCCGCCACCGAACCCAAGCCCUCGCACGGAGCCGAAGCCCAGCCUCCACCUGCCGGGGAGCGGCGGCGCAAACGCAAGCCCAAGCGCACCGUGCUGAUCGACUGCGACAGGAAGAUCUCCAGCUGCAAGGGCACCCACUCGGACGUGGCCCUCUUCUUCAUCCACGGCGUGGGCGGCUCGCUGGACAUCUGGGGCAGCCAGCUGGACUUCUUCUCCCGGCUGGGCUACGGGGUCAUCGCUCCCGAUCUGGCCGGGCACGGAGCCAGCACCGCCCCCCUGAUCGCGGCCGCCUACACCUUCUACGCCCUGGCCGAGGACAUGCGGGCCAUCUUCAAACGAUACGCCCGGAAACGGAACAUCCUCAUCGGACACUCCUACGGGGUGUCGUUCUGUACCUUCCUUGCCCAUGAGUACCCGGAUCAGGUCCACAAGGUGGUGAUGGUGAAUGGCGGGGGUCCGACGGCGCUGGAGCCCAGCCUCUGCUCCAUCUUCAACCUCCCCACCUGUGUGCUGCACUGCCUCGCCCCCUGCCUGGCCUGGAGCUUCCUCAAGGCGGGGUUCGCUCGCCAAGGUGUCAAAGAGAAGCAGCUGCUGAAGGAGGGCAAUGCCUUCAACGUGUCGUCCUUCGUACUGCGGGCCAUGAUGAGCGGUCAGUACUGGCCGGAGGGGGACGAGGUGUACCAUGCAGAACUGACCGUACCCAUACUGCUGGUGCACGGCAUGCAUGACAAGUUUGUGCCCAUUGAGGAGGACCAGCGCAUGGCAGAGAUCCUGCUGAUAGCCUUCCUGAAGGUGAUUGACGAGGGCAGCCACAUGGUGAUGAUGGAGUGCCCCGAGACAGUCAACACCCUCCUGCAUGAGUUCUUCCUGUGGGAGCCUGACCUGCCCAGCGAGGUCCCUGCCGCCCAGGACUCCCCGCCCUCGCAGGACAACAAGUAGCCAACCGGGGACCUUUCCAACCCAAACCAAACCAUGGGCUUGAUCGCCGGCUGGCUGCAGCGGGUGUUUCUGUCCGCGGGCUGAGAGCUGUUUUUAGUGCCGACGGGGCUGCGAGCUCCCAGGUGGAGCGGGAGAUGCCCAGCGUCUCGGACUCUCCGCGAGAGAGAAGCAGGGAAGGAAGAGAAUCGAAGGCAGCUAAACGAGAAGGAGAAGUCAAAGAAAAAGGUGGUUUAUUUAUUCGCUGUAAUCGUUUAUAAUAAGGCAUUCAAAGAACACGGGAUUCCGGAAAGUUUUGUGCAUCAGGAUUAGAACAUAACCCUUGAUUUAAUCUGGUUUAGUGCUUAAUACACGCUGGUUCAAAUCGGCCCUUAAUAGAGAUUUUAUCAUUUUUAAAUCAGAACGUUCCAUGAUCAAACAUCGAAUCGGUACAUGCCUACCUAGUUUUAGGUGAGGUCUUUUAAAAUGCAAAUAGUCUUUUGGGGUACAUUCGAUACCCUCUUUUGCUAAAGAAAACACUGCAAUCUACCACUCGCUGGAGACAACCGACAAGCGAGUGAAACUGGGUCCCCACUGGAAACCCAGCCCUGGUGGUAUAGCCCUGUGACAUGCACCCUGGUUUCUGCUUUAUUUGUGCAACAUGUCGAUAAUCCACUGUGGUGCCCCUGUGUGGUGGAAACAUGUAAAUGUCUGUAGCAAUUACUCAGAAAUAAUAAUACUUAUUCUAAAUAAUAAUAAUGAAUAAACAGUAUGCGCUGACUGCCUGCAAAACGCUUGUGUUGCAACAAAGUUUGGCUCAGCCAACACUUAAAAUCUCAACCUGUGCAAUGUGCAAUAGUGCCAUUUCCAGCAGUAAAAUAAAGUAUAUAUUCUGUGUGCUGGCAGUUUCUUUUUGGUAAGAAUGUUUUCGUAUGCCUGCUUAAAGCUGCACAACCCUGCUUCCUUUUACAUUGAAACAUAAUUGAUUUGGGUCACUGUGCAACAUGCUGCUUUACCAUAAAACUGUCCAUCCCCUUCCCCUCCCUCGUGUGGUUUGUGAGUGGUAGAUGCUGCAG